AUGGAGAAAAGGGAAGGGAAGAGAAGGAUAGUGUUAGUUUCACCUCCAGCACAAGGACAUAUGACUCCAAUGAUGCAACUCGGGAAAGCCCUUAGCUUGAAAGGCUUCUCAAUUACAGUUGUUCAGGGAGAAUUUAAUCAAGUAAGCUCGUCUUCGAACCACUCCUCUGGUUUUCAAUUUAUUACCAUACCAGAAAGCUUACCAGAGUCUGAAGUUGAGCGCCUAGGAGUUAUCGAGUUUCUGAUGAAGCUCAACAAAACCAGUGAGGCUAGCUUCAAGGACUGUAUAGCUCAGUUGUUGCUACAACAAGGCAAUGAUAUAGCAUGUAUCGUCUACGACGAGCUCAUGUACUUCUGUGAAGCUGCAGCUAAGGAGUUCAACCUUCCAAGUAUCAUUUUCAGCACUACAACUGCUACACAUAAAGUUUGCUGCAGUGUUUUAAGCAAACUCAAUGCCAAGAAGUUCUUGAUCGACAUGGAAGAUCCUGAAGUGCAGGACAAGGUGGUGAAAAAUUUGCAUCCAUUAAAAUACAAAGACUUACCGGCUUCAGGAGUGGGGCCAUUAGAACCAUAUUUUAAGUUCUGUAGAGAGAUAGUCAACAAAAGAACAGCUUCCGCUGUUAUCAUCAAUACGGUGAGCUGUCUAGAGAACUCUUCUCUGUCAUGGCUGCAACAAGAACUCGGAAUUCCAGUGUACCCAUUAGGCCCUCUUCACAUUUUAGCUUCAACGUAUUCUAGUUUACUGCAAGAAGACAGGAGCUGCAUUGGAUGGCUGAACAAGCAGAAACCAAGGUCAGUUAUAUACAUAAGCAUUGGAAGCGUAGCUCAGAUGCAAACCAAGGAAUUCUUGGAGAUGGUUUGUGGAUUGUCUAAUAGCAACCAACCUUUCUUGUGGGUCAUCCGACCGGGUUCUAUCUCCGGUUCAGAAUGGAUAGAGUCAUUUCCAGAGGAAGUUAGUAAGAUAGUCUCAGAAAAGGGAUACAUAGUGAAAUGGGCACCACAAAUAGAAGUACUUGGACAUCCUGCAGUGGGAGGGUUCUGGAGCCAUUGUGGAUGGAACUCAACGCUCGAGAGCAUUGUGGAAGGAGUUCCAAUGAUUUGCAUGCCUUUUAUUGGUGAGCAGAAGCUAAACGCAAAGUAUAUAGAGAGUGUGUGGAGAAUUGGUAUUCAGCUGGAAGGUAAAGUGGAAAGAGGACAGGUUGAAAAAGCUGUGAAGAGGUUGAUUGUGGGUGAAGUAGGUGCUGACAUGAGGAAAAAGAGCCCUUGGUUUAAAAGAGAAGCUCAAAGCCUCUGUGAGAAGUGGAGGCUCCUCACACAAAGCAUUGGAUGA